CAAGCGCUUGCUUUGCAGGUUUGAAUUUGCUUACUUUUGAGGGUGGUGACUCUCCGACGCCCACUCCGUCCCCGAAUGCCCCCACUCCAGGAUGAUCCGUGUUGCUACCUAACGCAUUCUUUUUAAAUUUCUUGCUUGACAUCGACGUGCAUGCCGGUAGCUUAUGUCUGCCACAGAACCCUCGGAGUCGCCGGCUUCCCCUAUCCAAGGGGAGCACCAACAGCCCAUACUCGAUGAAGGAAGUCGCAGUGACCCUCAAGUGACUACUGCCGGCCUCGAAUCAACGGCGCAGAGUCAAGAUGAUAUUUCUCCCCUACCUAAGGAUCCCAAGCCAGUCGAGAUGAAUCAAGACCCUCAACUUGAGGCGCAGAGCGCCGCUACACACUCCCCGCAUCCAUCCUCUACGCCAGCCGAGAAUCUGCAGUCACUUCCGGAGAAGUUGCAGGGGCUUUCGAUCGUGACAACCAAGACCCCCGAACCUGUCGCAACCCCUGGCACCGACAUACCCCCCACUCCUCCUGCCAAAGACGAGUCGUAUUUCACCUCGAAGACCCAAUCUGCCGGGCCCACCCGCACCCCUCCAACUGCCCUCUCCGAGAAGACCAACAAAGAAUUACCUGAGGUUCCCGGCGAUGUUGCAGGAAGGAUCAAGAAAGAUACAGUCGGCGGAGGUGAGGACCAGGGCAGUGACUCCCAGUCAGAGAUUCAAAGUAUCAUCGACCAGUUUCAAGACACGGCACAUGCCGACAAGGAGGAGACCAUCAUGUCACCCCGGCUGGAGCUGGCGGAACAAUUCUUCGGUGGCCAGGGUCAUUUUCCGCCACGCCAAUCGAGCCUAGAACACAGCAAAGCGAGUCCAGAUGAGAUCCCUCUACCCGGUGGCUCGAUCGCCUCGCCUGAGAAGCAGUCCAUCAAGUCCCUACGUGAGAGUUCUAUCACCGAGGAAGCAAGGUUGAGCCGACGGUCGUCGACGUCGACGAUUCCUCCGCCCCCUGAACCCGAAUCUGAUCAGCCGUUCGAUUUCCAUCGCUUCCUGGAACAACUACGGCAUCGCACGGCAGACCCGGUCGCCAAGUUCCUAAGGUCUUUUCUGAACGAGUUCGGCAAGAGACAAUGGAUGGUCCAUGAGCAGGUUAAGAUCAUUAGCGACUUCUUGGUCUUUAUCACCAACAAGAUGGCUCAGUGUGAGGUAUGGCGCGGUGUCUCUGACAGUGAAUUCGACAACGCCAAAGAGGGUAUGGAGAAGCUGGUUAUGAAUCGACUGUACUCUCAAACAUUCUCCCCGGCUAUACCUGGCCCGCCUACGAUCCCCAGAAGCGCGAGCAGAAGCAAGCGGAGAGAGCUGGAAAGAAACCAUGGGCCAUGGAGGCGAGGACAACACCAAGAAGAUAUUGAGCGGGAUGAAGUCCUGACUCAGAAAAUGCGCAUAUAUAGUUGGGUGAAAGAGGAGCAUCUCGACAUACCACCUGUGAGCACACAUGGUCGGCGCUUUUUAAAUUUAGCCCAGCAAGAACUGCUGAAGAUCAACGGCUACCGGGCACCCCGCGAUAAGGUCAUUUGCAUUCUCAACUGCUGCAAGGUGAUUUUCGGCCUGCUAAGGAACUCGAAGCGAUCCGACACGUCAGCAGAUUCAUUCGUUCCGCUCCUAAUCUAUGUGGUGCUGCAGGCCAACCCUGCACACUUGGUAUCUAACAUUCAAUACAUUCUACGCUUCCGUAAUCAGGAAAAGCUCGGAGGCGAAGCCGGUUAUUAUCUGUCAUCCUUGUCCGGAGCUAUUCAAUUUAUCGAAACCCUUGACCGCACGAGUCUGACAGUGAGUGAUGAAGACUUUGAGCGGAACGUUGAAGCUGCUGUUUCAGCUAUCGCUCAACAAAACCGUGAGUCGGAGACCAAGGAGCGCGAGCGCAAGUCAUUGGAGCGCAGAUCUAUGGAGCGUUCCGCGGAGAGCUCGCAAGCAGCCUCAGUGCCGCGUGCCUCGAUGGAUGCUCCACGCCCACCUGGGCGGAGAGACACCUCACAGCCCAGUGACGAAGAUCAAGCGCCUGUAGCAGGGCUGCUGCGCACCAUUCAGAAACCAUUAUCCACCAUUGGCAGGCUGUUCUCCGAUGAGCCGGAUUCACCCCAAGACCGCCCUGCGCGGUCGGGAUCGCCCACGCGACUCACACCGAAUGUAUAUCAGCCUCCCCGGAACAGCAGCGAGGGACGACGAUCGGGUGAACGACCACGCAGUGCCAUGCCGUCACAAUCGACUAGAGCCCUCGAUUCUCAGGAUGCUGCCGCUCGCCAGGCUAGCGCCGAGGACGCCGAGGCCCGUAGGAUACAACGUGCUGAGCACAACAACGUGGUGGAGACGUUGUCGAAUAUGUUUCCAAACCUUGACCGUGACGUGAUUGACGAUGUUGUCAAGAUAAAGGAGGGCCGGGUUGGGCUGGCUGUUGACGCGUGCCUCGCCCUCAGUGCGGAGUGAAGGGUAGUUGGCAUCUAUGAGUGAUGGAGGAUAAGUACGUAGUGGAGGGCGUUGGUGCAUGAAUGGAGCUCAUGCUGUAGCUAUGUGUAUCGUGAUUACCUGAGCUACAUGCACAUAAUAUGACAAUGCUGUCGGGAAUGGCCUUAGCUAUAGAACAUUCAAGUCGAUAUCGAGAAUGCUUGAGC